AUGAUAACAGAUAGUCCAUCAUAUAAACGUUCAAAUAAGGAGAAUUCUCCAAAAUACUGUUCUAUAAUCAGAUAAAGCAAUAUAUCUCAUAAACUCAUCAAUGAAGUGUUAAAUAGUGGAUCUGAUAAUCUUUAAGAUUAAUUAGAAUAAAUUGAUCUCAAAAUUAAUGAAUAUUAAUGCAACAUUAAGUAAAAGAUAGCAAUUUUAUUUGAUGAAUCUAAAUGCUCUAUUGAUUAAUAAACUUAAUAAACAAAACUUUAAGAUUUACGUAUGGAAGAAUAAAAGUACCAUAAAUAUUUAAUUUAGCUAUCAGUAAAUGUAAAAUGAUAUUGAUAAACAAUAAUCUAUAAUUUAUGAUUAUUAUGAGAAUGAAUUCAAUAAACUUAAAUCUCAAUAUGAAUAGGUCACUUAGGAACACCAAUAAUUUAUAAAAGAGAGAAAUGAUGUUCAUUAAUCAUAUAAUUGUAUUUUAGAAACAAAAGCAAUGUUAUAAGAAGAUUUGAAUGCAAAAUUGUUAUAAAGAGCAGAGUUAGUAGGUUAAAAAGAAGAAUUAGAAGAAUUUGUUGAAUAAAUUAAAAAUGAACAUCCUUAACUCACUGAAGUUGUCGAAUCAAUUUAUAAAUGUGAUUCAAAGGUCAAUGAAAUUCUUUAAAAUAUAAAACAAAUAAAAAAUCAGAUCUAAUAGUUAUAUUAUUAAUAAGACUAGAAAAAAAAAUAAUUAGCAUCCUUUAAUUAAACUACUUUACUAGAAGUUUAAAUACAUUAAUAAACUCAAAAGGUUAAAUCUUUAAGAAAUAAAAUUGUACCCAUUCAAAAAAGUUUGAAUUUGUAACAUCCUGAUUCUAUUCUCAAUGAAUUUAUAGCUUAUUAUGGAAAUUCAUUCAUUUAUCUAGAAUCGAUUGAAUUUCAAACUAAACUAUCUAAUUUUAUUCAGUAAUUUCGAAAUAAUCUAUUUAAAUAAGGAAAUUAAGGAAACAAUUGGGGAAGUAUGAAAGAGUUUGUUUUUUAAUUGGAAUAAUUUAUUAUAGCAUCUUUAUCUCAAAGAUAAAUUCAAAAUCAAUUAUCUGUAAUUAAUCAUUAUAAAAGUAGGAAUUAAAAAAUAGUUUAAAGUAAUAUGGUGAUGAGUAAUUAUUGUCAAAUGAAAUUUGCACAAUAGAUUAUUAAGUAGAAGUUAAGAAAUAAUAAAUAAAAGAAUUUGAAGAGGAACAUUCCUCAAUUCUGUGUAGAAGAGAAAUGUAUAUUUUUAUUUAAUCAUAGAUUAUAUGAUUAAUUUUAAGAAAGAAUCAAUGAAUAAAGCUAAGAAGCAUUUAAAUAAUAUUAAGAAUAGAAUUAAUAAGAACUUAAUCAUAUAUAAAGUGAAUUUGGUAAUACUGAAUAUAACUCUAUACUUGAUUAGACUUUUAAUGAGAUGUAAAAAUUAAUGCAAGAAUAAGAAGAAGUAAUUAUGAAUAAUAUUUUAUAAAGGAAUAAUUUAAUAAUACUUAUAAGCUGCUCUAAAAAUUUUAUCUUUAAGAUAAGGCAAUUAAAAUAAACAUUCAGAUUGUUGAUUAAGAAAUACUUCCAGAAUUAAAAAAUAUUUAAUAAUCAAUGAUAAAUGCAAAAAAAUAAUUAGAAAAAUUUAAUGGAAGUGAAAAACCUUUUAUUGAGCGUUAAAAUAAAAUUGAUUAAGAGAUAGAAUAAUUAGAAUAAAAAUUUAAAAAUAAAAUUGAUCAUUUUUAUAGCUAAGAGUCAGAUUUACAGAAAAAUUUGAAUACUAUACAACUUGCUAUUGAAAACACAUAAGAGUAACUUUUAUCAAAGAACAAACCAAAUAAGGCUUUAUUAGAAUAAGAAAUAUUGCAACUCAACAAUAUGUUGACUUAAUUAUAAGAAUAAAAAAAAUAAAUAGAGUUUUCUUAAUUUUAAUUUAGCAAGUCUCCUUAAAAGAUUGAUUUAAAUAGAAAAAGUUCAAAUGGAGGUAUUUUAGCAAUUUCAAAAUCAUUAAAUCAAUUUUCAAAGUUACGCAAAGAACCAAUAGUGAAUAGUUAUAACAAUAGUGUGGUUAAAGGUAUUACACCAUCAAAAGAGUCUUAAAACUUAUAUCAUAUUAUUAAAUAUCCUAAUGGAAAUUGUAAAACAUCAUAAGAAUUACGACUUAGAUCAAAUAUUUCAAUAAAAUCAAUAAAAUGA